UUGGUCCCAGGGGCUGAGACGCGGGGUGCAGGCGCCAGCAGGGUGCCUGAGGAGGGAGCGGGGCCAGGCGCUGGGGUCCGGCCGGCUCAGGCCGCGUGCGUGCAGCGUGUUCGCCGCCGGCGGGGUUCCAGUCCGGGCUUGGAGUUGGGGUCCAGGUGUACAGAACCAUGGAGUAUAUGACAGAAUCCACCGACCGCAGCCCUGGACACAUCUUGUGCUGUGAGUGUGGUGUCCCGAUUAGUCCAAAUCCUGCCAAUAUUUGUGUGGCCUGUUUGCGAAGUAAAGUAGACAUCAGUCAAGGUAUUCCGAAACAGGUCUCAAUUUCUUUCUGCAAACAAUGUCAAAGAUAUUUUCAGCCACCGGGAACUUGGGUACAGUGUGCUUUAGAAUCCAGGGAACUUCUUGCUUUGUGUUUGAAAAAAAUCAAAACUCCUUUGAGUAAGGUACGCCUUGUAGAUGCAGGCUUUGUUUGGACUGAGCCCCAUUCUAAAAGACUUAAAGUUAAAUUGACUAUUCAAAAAGAGGUGAUGAAUGGUGCUAUACUUCAGCAAGUGUUUGUGGUGGAUUAUGUUGUUCAGUCCCAAAUGUGUGGAGAUUGCCACAGAGUAGAAGCCAAGGAUUUCUGGAAGGCGGUGAUUCAAGUCAGGCAAAAGACUUCACACAAAAAAACAUUCUACUAUCUGGAACAGUUGAUUCUGAAAUAUGGAAUGCAUCAGAAUACACUUCGUAUCAAAGAGAUUCAUGAUGGUCUGGAUUUCUAUUAUUCCUCAAAACAACAUGCUCAGAAGAUGGUAGAAUUUCUUCAGUGUACAGUUCCCUGUAGAUACAAAGCGUCACAAAGACUGAUCUCUCAGGAUAUUCAUAGUAACACAUAUAAUUACAAAAGCACUUUUUCUGUGGAAAUUGUUCCAAUAUGCAAGGAUAAUGUUGUCUGUCUGUCUCCAAAACUGGCACAAAGUCUGGGAAAUAUGAACCAGAUCUGUGUAUGUAUUCGAGUAACUAGUGCCAUCCAUCUUAUAGAUCCAAACACCCUACAAGUUGCAGAUAUUGACGGGAGCACUUUCUGGAGUCAUCCUUUCAAUAGUUUAUGCCAUCCCAAACAGCUGGAGGAGUUUAUUGUGAUGGAAUGCAGCAUUGUUCGAGAUGUAAAACGCAAUGCAGGUGCUGGAAUGAUAUCAAAAAAGCAUACCCUUGGUGAAGUCUGGGUACAGAAAACAUCUGAAAUGAAUACAGAUAAGCAGUAUUUUUGUCGUACUCAUUUGGGACACCUUCUAAAUCCUGGAGACCUGGUUUUGGGGUUUGAUUUGGCCAACUGUAACUUAAAUGAUGAGCAUGUCAACAAAAUGAACUCAGAGAGAGUUCCAGAUGUGGUAUUAAUCAAGAAAAGCUAUGACCGUACCAAACGUCAGCGUCGUAGAAACUGGAAACUGAAAGAACUUGCAAGAGAUAGAGAAAACAUGGAUACAGAUGAUGAAAGGCAAUACCAAGAUUUCCUUGAAGAUCUUGAAGAAGAUGAGGCAAUUAGAAAAAAUGUCAACAUCUAUAGAGAUUCAACUAUACCUGUGGAGAGUGACACAGAUGAUGAAGGAGCACCUCGAAUUAGUUUGGCUGAGAUGCUUGAAGAUCUUCAUAUUUCCCAAGAUGCCACUGGUGAAGAAGGUGCAUCAAUGAUGACAUAAUGAGAUUAUAUUAUAGACUGUACAUCUGUGGGCUCAGGAAGUUGGAACAAAAUGACCUUUUCUAUGUAUUGCUUCUGUGCUUCCAUAUGGAGAAAUUUAGUUUUAGAUCUGAAUAAAUAUAACUAUUUUGAUUGUUUACUCUAAGCACUAAAAAGGAUUGAUAAUUUUGAAGUUCUAGAUAAUAAAAGAUUCAGAAGGAUAUAAUUGUUGUUGAUACUUGGGCCAAUUUAUGUGUGCAGUUUUAUCACUUUGCUUUUUUAAAAUAUAAGCUACUAUACUAUUUUUAUAUAUUAUAGUGCUAGAUUUAAAAGCUCAAAUGUUGUGAUUCCUUAGAUGUUAACUAAAUAUUCAAGUAUAAAACAGCUUUCACAUUCUUUUUAUGUUGAUGGUUUUAUGAGCAUAUGGAAGGUCAUUUAAAAAAAUUUAUAUAUGUAUAUAUAUAUUUAGUUGUAGAUGGACACAAUAUCUUUAUUUUGUUUAUUUAUUUUUAUGUGGUGCUGAGGAUUGAACCCAGUGCCUCACAUGUGUAAGGUAAGCGCUCUACCACUGAGCCACAACCCAGUCCUGGAAGGUCAUUUUUAACAUGAACUUUUUAAGCACUUUGAUUCACUUCAGAUCAUUUUUAUGUCCUUAGUGAAGGAAAAUUGGGAUUCAGUUUGUCACUGGACACUCAAAAGGGAAGUUAAUCUUUUUUUUAAUUUCUUCAUAAAAUUAACAUUUUCAAAAGCUUUUUUUGUAUGGCGCUGGGGAUCAAACCUGGAACUUGGCACUUGUUUGCUAAGCAGGCUACUCAGCCACUGAGUUAUAUUCGCAGUCUUGCAGAAGUUUUUAAACAUCAACUUUUACUGUAAUAUAAAGAAAUACAAAGAAAAUGUUUACAUCUUUGUAGCACAUAUGGAGUGGUUAUUUAAAGAGCAAUUUGUUCUUUUUUUUUUUUUUUGCUUGGGCCAAUAGCUUAGGGUAGUAGUCUGUUUAUGUCAUAAAAAGUCUUUCUAUUACUUCAAAGAGUUUGCUUUUAAAAUUUUGGUUUACAGAUUGAGAAAAAAGAAAUUCUCUCUGUAAAUUUCUAUCAUUGAACACAUCACUAUCAAAAAGAAUAUUAGAUUUCAGCAUGUAGAUGGUAAAAUAAUACAAAUGAAGUACGUGCUUUAAAAACUGUGUAUCAGAUUUGAAUGUAGAAUGCAUUACACAUGCUGAAGAAAGAGACUUGGCUUGAAUUUUAGUAUUACAAUUCUAUUUCUGUAGCAGCAGAUCUUACUGUACCAAACUAAGUGCUACUUCAUUAAUUAUAUGCUUUCUGUUAAAUAAAGAGAUUGAGCAAGUGCUGAA